GCUAGAACAACUGUACAUGUGCCCACGCUAGUUCUAGCACGUGUACGGGAGACCAUUUCGCGCUUCUUCAAGCGGAGACUCCUACCGUCACGGUACGCCUCUUUUUACGGUUGUUUUUUUGUUCUUCCGUUGAAAAAAGCUAUCAUCUUCCCCCGCCUCCUUCAUCACGAUGUUGCGUCUCUUCUGUUUCGUCCUGCUUGCCUCAUCAAGCGUGGGUGGAGAUGAUGUAUCUUCACGUGGUGACAAGGCGACCACUCUUCUGCACGACGGGAUAUCCGAUUCGCGACUUCAGAGUGUCCUACUUAAUGACGAAGAUGAUGUUGGCGAGGACACUGGGAACGAUCAUUUUUAUACCGUCGAUUCAUCAUCCGAAGACGAAAAAGAAGUCGAAGACGAUCUUAGCAGUUAUCCUAACCUCUCCGACUAUCAGCCACUAGAGGACGAGUUGAUUAAGAGUUUCCGAAUUAGUACAACCUUUCUUGGCGCAACCGUCUUUGGCUCUUUUCAUAGAAGUAAAUAUACUUAGGUAAGAAGCAGGGGAGGUUCUGAGGGAUGUAGUCCCGCAGCCUCUAACAACUUGAGUAACUUGGUGGGCGGAGCAGGUGCCGAGGGAGAAGAACAAGAAGGUGCUGGAGUGAAGACCAAUGAUGACCCGGAUCCGGAUUGGAACUGUCAAGAAACGGACGACGAACAGAUCUUCAAGUCUUACGCUCUGCACUACUACGAGACAUCGUAUUGGGGCGCGCCACAGUCGAUUCUGUUUCAUAGGAUAAGUUAUGGUUUGAGCAGGGGAGAGAAAAAAAUUUUCUUAGAGCAAGUGAAAUCUUGUCUUUAAUCAGUCAAAAAUUUAGUCCCUUCACCAGUCAGAUUGAAAGCAGCUAAUUGGUGAGUUCAAACUCAAUAACCCAAGAGUAUUCGAGUUCGAGUUGUUGUAACUUACCAGACAUCUCAGGUGAAAAAGAUACUAGUGGUUAAUCACUUCUAGAGGUUUUUUGUAUCGUCCAGUCUGGGAAGAUCCUUUUACUCACACGACCAGCAGAUGACAUCUCUAAUCCCUAGGCUCGCAUCAAUUGUAUUGUCCGAGCAGUGUUUUGCAAACGAUGCUUUUUAAGAUGGAGGCCUCAGUGUUCAGGCAUGAUGCGGAGACGGUGAUUCCAGAACAAAAGGGCUUGUACCACGACUAUUUGCAUCGGAAUUUAGGAAAACUCAAUCGCGGAUGGCCCUUGGAGCAAGGAUACCAGAGUUAAGGGUUGGUUAAAGGUGCUUUUCUUACCGCUUUUUAUGCCUCUCCUAAGGGAGAAAGGCAUAAGAAGCGGGGUAAGCGAGCACCAAAAACCUACCUCUAAGAGAGGAUUUUAGAUCUAGAAGAUGCGGUGGCGAGUGAUAAGCUGGAAUACAUUAUGGCAAAGUAGAAGUCGAAGUCUUUUUGAAAUAAAGUAGAAGUAAGUCUUUUUGAAUUUUAUUUUGUUCGUGCAUCCUCAUGCAGUGCAGAAGCGGAAGGAGAGGAGCUCUGAGUUCUCUCAAGAAAGAUGCAAAAUAUCUUCUGUUUUUUGUUAGAAAGAACGUUUCUGGAAUUCUAAGGCUCUCGAGAUUGUUCGUGCAUCCUUGACGAGGAUGGCUUCGUAUGGGUUGCAUGACUUAGGCUCAAACACAAAAUACUAUUUCUAAUCAUGUUGGUCCUAUUAAUAUUAUGUACACUCACUCUCCAUCUCCUGCUCUGCUUCACCUGCCAUGAUAAUUGAUGUGCACAUCCCUGCCCAGUCCCAGUUCAUAAUCCCAAUCGGCAUGGUGAUGAACUUUUGCUCGGUCAAAGAUAGGCAUGGGGAGGCUCACGGACUAGACUGGCUGUCGCCUGAGAGCGAGAUGCUGACCGAAGACCCGGACCUGCUGAAGCAAGUGCAUGUGUACAUCUAUCUGUUACGGCAGAAGGAUUUUUAUAGAAUGCCGUAGCCAUUUUGGCUCAAGGAAUUCGUGGCCAGGUUGCGCUGCAAUGAAUCUUGAUUGGCUUUUGCCCGUAAAACGGCGAAGGUUUAGGUCCAGCGACGCUGAAAGCGCUUAUAAAUAAUCAGCCGGCUUGUUAUUUUCCAUUCCUCUUUCUAUUUUUAGGCUAUCCCUUUCCCUUCUUGCAAAAUAGAAUGCGUGGAUCCAACGUGUUGAUUCAUAUUGGACUUGGAGGGAGGUAGGGCUCGGUAUGCAGGAUCCAUAACCUAAGCUAACCUGCUAUUCCAAUUCAUUCUAAUUCCCGUCGACCUGCCUAAAUGCAAUGCCCGCAGAGAGAAUUUCCGACAGGUAGAGGCAGUUGUGGGCCAGCUGACGAUAAAGCGAUAUACUGGCGCACCCGAAAGGGAAGAGCAGAGCAGCUACUUCAGACACAUCGUCGACAAUUACGACACCUUGGACGACUUUAUCAUCUUUGUGCAUCCCGAUGCGCCAGAGCACCAAGGUAAGGAGAUGCGAGCGCUCACAGAGGGGUUGAGACUGUUAAAAACCAACUCGGAACUGGUAUUUCCUACUGAUUUUACAACUGUAGCAGGACUUUGCAUACCCAUUAGUAAAAAGAGCUGUCAGAAACUUACUCAUUCUCCUUGUAUGUCACAUUUCGUUGCUCGAAGAGUUUCACUUAGUUUGUUGGGUCGGAAGUUGAAAAGUGUCCUAAAGAUGAAAGUGACGAAGUACUAGUGAUUCUGAAGGCGUACCGGUCGAUCGUGUAUUACCCGUUGGCUAUGCAGUAUAUUCGUAGUCCUCUACGUACUAGUCGCACACGCGCUAUUCACUUUAAGGCUACUUUUAUCCAAUCCAUCUCUAUACAAAAGAGAUUACUCAAUAGUAUAUUAACGGGAUGCAGACUCUUGAGGGAUCUCCAGUGAGAUUUCUCAACAGGAGUAUAGCGGGAUGCAGACUCUUGAGGGAUCCGAUUUACUAGUAUGUACGGCGAUGAUUGAUCACUACCACGCGGCUUGGGAUAACGCUAAUUACUACUACGACGCUGGCGAUCGAGAGGAAGACUGGCCAGCCUUCUGGAACAAGCUCUUUCUGUUCAAGGAGAACGGCGUGUGUCCACUAGGAUGUCGCUGGAAUGCAGAAAUGGACGACGUUUUCACCUUUUAUUAAGACAAUGGUUUUCAGCUUUUUCUUUCAGAAGUUAAAGGUGCUUUUCAUCUGAUUACUUAAGUAUAUAAAAAGCAGGAACUACAACUAGAUGUAGAUCAUGAACAUCAGGUUGAAGUGUAAACAAGGAAACAAGUUCUUUGCGUCUCAUCAAGUUUUUUAGCCACGGAAAAUUACGACCUUCGUGAAGCUCUAAUCCUCCAUUGCGUCUCAAGCCAUCGUGCGCCGCGACCGUGUCCGGAUCCAGCCACGUGAGUGGUACGCGAGUUUCUUCCCCUCUUCUGUAGGCCCAGCCCGUGAUGAAGACGACAUCUCGAACUCUACGCCAAGCUCGUCGAAUGCAACGGCACCUGUUCAAACUGACGAAUACGAAAUGAUGGAAUGGUUCUCGAAUAACAGCGGACUUUUAGUUAAGGCGGCCGCUUGAUAUUUAAUAGUCCCUUGAGCCCUUACAUCACCGUCCUUAGUGACAGAUGGGAAGGGCGCUUGCGAGCGCGUCACGUGCGAGGCGGUAGGGUCGCGCGCGAACAUGAAGGGAGCGGGUGAAUUGUUUGAGCGUGAAUUGUUUGAGCUCUAAUGUAGAGGCUGCGUGGCCAGUGCUGAUGGGCGAGGAACUCACUGAAGUGUCUAGGGAGGCGGAUGUGAGGUUGCCAUUGGCACUCAAAUUCGAUAUCAUCACGAAAUACAGCUACGGAUGGAAUGACGUUAUAUGA